ACAUCUCGCUCGCUCGCCACCGCCAACUCGCCAGUUUAUAUUUUUAGCCUACGCAGUGCAGACGUUUAGUGUAUGUUAAAAACUCAGUGAAUUUCGCAAUUGUCUUAAUAACUUAAAAUAUUAGUUUCCUUGACUGUAAAGAAAAGAAUUAUUCUGCCAUGGCCAAGAAACUGCAAAUGUGCGGUACAGAGGAGGAGAUGCGUGAGGUAGCGGGCAGGAUCUGCAGGAACUAUUUACACGGCGCCUGGAAAAGUGUCAAGCCCUCGGAACUGAUCUUCAGGCGUAUCAGCGGUGGUUUAUCAAACUUCCUGUACUACGUGGCAUUGCCCGAUGACGCCACCAAGCUCGGUGGCUACCUGCGCCGCGAGAACUCCCCGGACGCGGAGCCAGACGCAGCCGGCAUAAAGUUCCCCGGCAAGUCCAUGGGCAGAUUGGGUUCUUUCUCGAUUGAGGAGCCAACAAAGGUUUUAUUAAGGAUUUACGGUCAAGUGCACGGUGAGCGCGCAAUGGACGCAAUCGUUACGGAAUCUGUCAUCUUCACAUUGCUGUCGGAAAGAAGAUUAGGACCCAAAUUGCAUGGCGUGUUCUCUGGCGGCAGAAUAGAAGAAUAUAUACCGGCGCGUCCUCUUCUAACAAGAGAGUUAGCGGAGCCGGCAUUAUCAAUGAAGAUUGCAGAAAAGAUGGCGGCCAUACAUUCAAUGGAUGUUCCGCUGUCCAAGGAGCCCAACUGGUUGUGGAAGACGAUGGCCAAAUGGCUCAGGACGGUCAGAAGUGAGAGGCUUACGAAAUAUGCAAUUGGAAAGAAUGAAGAAGAAGAAGAGAUAAUAAAGCGUUUGAAGACAGUGGACUUUGAAAACGAGAUUGAGUGGCUCAAGAAAUUCAUCGCCUCAAUUGAAUCUCCUGUUGUCUUCUGCCAUAACGAUCUACAAGAAGGUAACAUUCUUCUUCUAGAAGAUAUCCAGCCUACCACAGAGGAUGAUAUAUCAGCGGACUACGUGCAGACAUACAGCGUGGAUGCUCCACAGUCUGAUAAAGAGAACAAUCAUACGAGAUUAGAACCACUGGCACAGUUUGAAGAUACAAACACAUCGGACAGUGUUACCAGUCAUAUAUCUGAUAGUGGGGAACCUAAACUAGUGCUUAUCGACUUUGAGUACUGUGCUUAUAACUACAGAGGCUUCGAUAUCGCAAAUCAUCUCCAGGAAUGGGCGUAUGAUUACACGAACCCUGAACCUCCCUUCUAUUACGAGAACCAGGAGAAUUGGCCGAAUCUAGAACAAAAGGAGAUAUUCAUCAAGGAGUACCUGAAGCAUUACUUCACCAGCCCUUCUGAGAGUAAGGAGCCUUCCAUUGACGACAUCAACCAGCUCCUCACCGAGGUGGAGGCGUUCGCUCUCGCCAGCCACCUCUUCUGGAGUCUGUGGUCCAUCGUCAACGCAUCCAAGAGUCAGAUACCCUUCGGAUACUGGGAGUACGGUCUAUCCAGGGUAGAGACGUACCUUCGUUUAAAGCAGGAAGUGAUAAAGAAGGAAAAAUUCGGCUUCCCCCAGAAGAGGAAAAUAUGUGAAGUAGACAUAUGAGAGGGUUGUAGCGCGCUCACUGUGUAGGGUAGUGCUAUCCCGCUCUAACUGACUGUGUACUGUACGGGAGAGAGAGGGACGGACGAUGUGCGACCAAUUUCGUGUCUCAAACUGAAAACGAAGAAGUAUAAAUAAGAAAAUAAUAAAGUGCAAGUACUUGUAAGUGUUAACAAAUAUUUAUAUCAAAUUGGAUGUAUGUAUUAUAGAAAGAUUUCUGUGAUAUCUGAUAAUGUAACAUCCUGUGAAAAAUCUAUGUAAAU